CAUGCUAGAAGUUGCAUGAUAGGCCUUUAUUUGGAAAAAAGGGUUCAAGAUGACUUAGAGAAAGGAAUUUCAGGAUCUGUACCUAUUCCACCAGAUGAUGCUGGAAAGGAGGCGGUGAUCGAAUCAUUGGUUACUAAUGUCAGGGCCAUGAUAGCUGCGGACAGAAAAAUAACUGCUCUUAAACAACUGCAGGGACAUAUAUGGAGAACUGGCUUCCAAAGUAAUGAACUGCAAGGUGUAGUUUAUGAAGAUGUUCCUGAAGCUUUGAAGAAGUGGCAUGCUCAUGGCAUCAAGGUGUAUAUAUAUUCUAGUGGUAGUCGAGAAGCUCAAAGGCUCAUCUUUAGGAAUACAACUUAUGGUGACCUGAGGAAAUACUUGUGUGGAUUUUUUGAUACCACAACUGGGAACAAAAAAGAACCAUGCAGUUACUUAGAGAUCUCACAGUCAGUUGGUGUAGAUGAGCCAUCACAAGUUUUAUUUCUAACAGAUGUCUAUCAGGAAGCUGUUGCUGCAAAAGCUGCAGGGUUAGAAGUGAUAAUCUCUGUUAGACCCGGAAAUGCUGCUUUGCCAGAGAACCAUGGAUUCAGAACUGUAACAUCCUUCGCAGAAGCUCACCUGAUAUCAUUUGGAUGAAGACUGUUCUGAUAAAUGUCCUUGGCUUAGCUGCAGAUAAACCGUCAGGGAAUUAGUAUAGCAACUGCAGACAAACCAUCCAGAAACAAUCGAACAAUCAAAUGAUUUUCAGAAUGGGAAGAAUUCGUUCAAUUUGGUGGUUAUCAGUGGAAA